AUGAUUGAAAUAAAUCUUGGCGAGUCAUUGAGCUCUGAUGAGAAACAACAAUUGGAGAACCUUCUAAAACGUCGUCAGGACGUGUUUGCAUAUCCAGGCAAUGAAGGGUAUUCAGUGGAUGUUGCACAAAUGCUUCCGGUCAUCUAUAAUGCUAAGAAAUGCCAAUUUGCUACAACUCAGGCAAUAUUCUGUGGAUUUCAUAUCAGUGUGGAAGGAAUGAAUCUUGAAUUAGGGAAGGAGGUAAAGGUUUUCUUGGGCAUCACUGGCUUUUAUCAUCGAUUUAUUCCACGGUAUGCUACAGUUGCAGCACUUUUGACGUCUAUGUUAGCUGGAGAACAGAGAUGUCAGUGGUCAACUCAGUGUCAAAAUGCUUUCAAUAUUUUGAAGCGGAAACUGUCUACAGCACCGAUCUUGGCUUAUCCUGUGGCGGAUAAACCAUUUGUUUUGGCUUGUUGGGAUUAG